AUGGAUUACCUUUUUAAAAGCCCGGUUGAUGUUGAUAUUCAUUUGGAUAAUGAAGAAGAACGCUCUUUUGUAGAUAUUGAAUUCGAGCAAGGACGAAAGGACAAGGCUCCGGUCUAUGGCAGCGAUGAAUCUGUAAAAGGCGCGGUUAUGAUUCGGUUGAAGGAUGGAAGAAAGUUAGAUCACAAUGGAAUCAAGAUUGAGUUUGUAGGAUGUAUAGAAAACAUGUAUGACAAAGGAAACAUCCACGAGUUUACCAGAAGUGUGCAAGAGCUUGCUUCUCCUGGAGAAAUGCGACAGGCUCAAAUGUACGAGUUUGAAUUCAAACACGUGGAAAAGCCAUACGAAUCGUACUUUGGAAAAAAUGUCAAAUUGCGUUACUUUUGCAGAGUUACUGUGACACGAAAAAUGGCCGAUGUAAUACGGGAAAAAGAUUUAUGGGUGUACCGGUAUGAGAAUGAGCCCGAGACGAGUAAUCUCAUCAAGAUGGACGUUGGUAUUGAUGAUUGUCUGCACAUUGAGUUUGAAUAUACGAAAAACAAGUAUCAUUUACGCGAUGUGAUUAUAGGAAAGAUUUAUUUCAUACUUGUUCGAAUCAAAGUUCAGCGCAUGGAAGUGAAUAUAAUACGACGAGAGACGAUUGGAACUCCACCGAAUCAGUACAGCAAUAGUGAAACGGUAACACGAUUCCAAGUGAUGGAUGGCAAUCCAAAUCGUGGAGAGACGAUUCCUUUGCGCAUGUUUUUGAAUGGGUACUCGUUAACGCCCACUUUUCGCGAUGUCAACAAAAAGUUCAACGUGCGCUACUAUUUGAGUUUAAUUCUCAUUGAUGAAGACCAACGACGCUACUUUAAACAAUCGGAAAUCACAUUGUGGAGGCGGAAAGAUGAACAAGGAAUCGUUGCAUAA